UUUACACUGAUCAAUUUUUUUUUUUUUUAAAUGAAAAAUAAAAAAAAAGUAAAGAAAGAAAAAAAGAAAGUUUACGUACAUAUCGAUCAAUUAUCAGAGCGUUAUGUUGCGUCUUUUCGUUGUUUGCGUUAUUACAUGUCGAGAAUUAUCGUUCAAUUGAGAGUUUGUGAUAUAAGUAUAUUAGGAUGAAUUCGCAUGUAAAUAUGCGUGCUAGUUAGAAGCGUUUCGAGUUGGAAUCAUGAGACAAAGGCAAAGCGUCAGUACUGAUUCAGUGGUACGAUCUUAAACGGUAACCAACGGUUUACUUUUUUCGUUGGUUCUUAUUAUAUUGUUAACAUUGAGAGAUCUCAUCUGGAAUAUUAAUACAAACAGUAAAAAUUGAAAAAUAAACGUUAAAUUAUUAAAAAUGGACAGGAUGAGUACUAGAGAUUCAGAGAAUAAUUUAACACCUAUACGCAUGUUUGAAAGAAACCGAUUUGUACACUUAAGUAAUACGUUCCGACAAAUAAAAGCCGAUCAUGAUAGGGAUAUGCUAAGAAGGAAUUUUGAGGAGAGAGAUAAUUCUCAGGAUUCGGACGAUAACCACGAGCCCAACAAUAAAAAGGAUGCCUUGAAAAUUUCAUCAAUUAAACAGUUAGAGGAGAUAAUAUCAACGUUCAAUGGUGACGAUACCACAAAUAUUGAACACUGGCUACAUAAAUACGAAGUAAUUGCAAAUGCAUGCUGUUGGUCCGAUCUUCAGAAAGUAGUAUACUGUAAACGAAUGUUAAGAGGAUCAGCGAGAAAAUUCAUUCGAUUAGAAAAAUGUUGUUUUUCGUGGAAACAACUGAAAUCUUGUUUAGAAGCAGAAUUUUUUACAUUUCCUGAGAAUAUCACGAAACAAAUGGAAUGUAAGUUGCAAAUAAAUGAAAUUAAUAAAAGAGUCAGUGAUUCUUGGAUAGGAAGAACCAGAAGGCCGUCGGCGUUAGAACGAUUUUUCCAGAAAACAAGUAACAAUUCAGAUAAUAAAUUCACCCUCGGAAAUACUACCACACUUAAACAAUUAAAAGAAGAUGUUGCAUUUUAUGAUAGCAUAAAUAUGAUGAAUGGCUUACAAUUGCAUGACGCCGCACGUCGGAAUAAAUAAUUGGUGCAUGCAUCGGAAUCGAAGGACAUGAUAUAAUUGACGAAUUCUCCGUAUAGAUUUUGCGACUUAUUCAUCGAAAAUAAAGCAUUUCACGUACAAGUUUGGAUUUAUAUCGGACAAAUGUCCGAGGAGCACUAUACCUAAGAUUUAGUAUUAUGAAAGUUGUUUAUAAAAGUCAUAACUCCAUAUUAGUGUUUAGAUACACUUACAAAAAAAAACAUUUUAGAAACACAUUAAAAUAUGCAGCUCUGUAGUAGUUGCGUUGCGUAAUUUACAAUAAGAUUUUGAUAGAUCCCAAGCAAUACCGAGCCAGAUUUUGGAGAUUGCAGCAUGUGCUGUAUAUUUGUAUCAUUACUAAUAUAGAAAGCAUAACUAUACAUAAAUCUAUAAAACAAUUAAAGCUGUAAAAAUCAGAAGCAGAUAUUUUUAUUAAAUUAAACAUUUUAUUAAUAAAUAUCUUCAAAAUCUUUGGUAUAUCCCACAAAUAUUUAUAACUAUAUUUUUUAUAAAACAGUAAACAAUUAUAUUUAAUAUUUUGUCUUUAUAUGUGUGCCUUCGGAAAUGCAUAUACACGUAUAUUUCGAAAAACAAUUUUAGACACUUCUAAUAUACGAAAAUCAAAAAGAGUUGACAUGUAUUCAACGAUGAUUAUUUGUAACAAUAAAUAAAUACAUCAAUUAUGUAAU